GGCGGCAGCGCCCGGCACGGGCUGUGUACCCACGCCCCCCGUCACACCGGCCACGGGCACCAAGGUGGUAGCCACGACCUCCCGCAUGGAAGUAUUGCUGUGUACGCUCACUGGAGAAUGGCAGAGGGAUGAAAAGGUGGAGCGGAGGCCAGGGAAGAUGACCCACACCCAGAGGAACCUCUUUGGCCCUAUAGAUCACAAGCAGCUACAGCAAGAUUUCCAGCACAUGUUGCGCAGCAGCAUCGAGGGAGCCCAGCAGAAGUGGAACUUUGAUUUCCUCCACGACGUACCAGCUGAGGGGCUCCUGCAAUGGGAAGAGCUCAAGGGCCACCAGGUGCCUGCCUUCUACCACAGCUGCAUGGUAGGGGACUCUUGGAGACCCCUGCAGCACUUGAACUGGCCCCUUAGCAGGGAGGACAAGAUUCACCACUUUGCCCAGGUGACACUGACUGAGAAACCUAAAACUUCCAAGAAAACAAGGGGCAAGUGGAGGAGCCCAGAAGGGAAAAAACGAAGACAGACGUCUCUGACAGAUUACUACUCAACCAAGAAGCGAGUCAAAAGAAAUAAACAAGCUACUGCAAAGAAAUCAAGUUCUUGAAUGCGAGCACAGGAUUGUUGCACACUGGGGAGGUUAGAGACAUCUGCCAAGUUGCCUCAACACCCAGAAACUGUGUGCACAAGCUGUGGACACUUAGGGACAUUACACAGAAAGAUACUCAUGGUGGCAGUGAUGAGAAGUCUUCUGGGCACACAAAAACUUUCAUUGGAAUGAGGUCAGGCCAAAUCAACUGGAAUCACUUUGAUGAGAAAUAACUAGCCUUAAAAACUGCUGGUAAGCAAGCUGGGGCACUACAGCAAUCAGCUAAGGCUUGCAGUUUAACAUGUGUUAAAAAUAACUCUGCCUGAGAAAGUGGUAAACAGUUACAGUUGUAUAUGUGUAAUAAUAUGCUUGAACAUGUCACUGUACAGGUGGGGCCUCUUAUUUUUCUGUCUUUACACAGCCUCUGUCUCAGUUUUAGCAGUGAUGCUUAAAUUUUUCACCAUCUCACCUUUACAGGUCUGAUAUAUGAAAAGGUUUCCAACUCUUCUGUGAUGUUUUUCAGGUAUAGAAUAUGUGCCUGUUUUGUGCUUGCACCUAUUCAGGCUAUAAAAAACAGAAUUUGGGUGCCAAAAGUACAUACAUUGCAUGGGGUGAAAAUGGAGAAAACUGAUAUUUUUCUUGGGAAAGUUUCCAUUUGUAUCAGCAGCCAUUUUAGCUCUGUAUGUCUGCCUCCUGGAUCCACCCAAGAAUUAGGUAGUUAAUCUUAAACAGUAUGGGUAGAAAUUUGCAGACAUAUUUCUGUAUAUUUCAAGUCAUUCCUGUUAUCAGCUGGGCCAGAUACACCCUUCAUUUUUGGUUGUGCUCUUCCAUCUAUGUCUGUGAGUUUGCAUGGUGAAAAAUAAGACAAAAUUGUCAGUUCAUUUGUCCGCAGUGUUUUAAAUUGCCUGCUGCCUACCAGAACAUGCUAAGAAUGAGGGAGACAAUUUAGUUACCAUAUUAUCCUUCUAUUCAUACUGAUAAAUUUCUAGAAAAAGAUAAAAGGCAUUAAUAACACUGAAAUUUCUGUUCCUCUUGGUGUUGCAUGGACUACUUUUUCUAGGGCAUUUGGUAAUGUAUCCUUUUCCACCACCUCCUUUUCAUUUCCUUCCUUCAUUACCCUGAUUAGUUUGGAUAAUUGAGGUUUUACACCACAUAAUAAUCAGUGGGUAAAACAGAAAAUGAAACCUUUAAAAUAUACACUCUAAAUUAUACUGCUACAUAUGGCCAGAAGAUGCAGGUUUAAUGAACACAUUUGGAGAGACCUCUGCAAAUGUGAGCAUUUUAGAACUUUAUACAGUGAUGGAACGCUGCUUUUUAUCUCAAAUCUACACAAGCUAAGGCUUCUCUUGGGUAGUAAAUAUUAAUGUGCACAGGCAUAUGUUUCAGCUGUACACAUGUGAUGUGGUUUAAGGAAGUAACACACCCUGCAUUACACGCAACAUCAAGACAGUUUAGUGUCUUUUUUUCCCCCCUCAAUAAAAGAGCUAGAGUGUUUAGGCAUAAAUAAUAGUUGGUUUCCCUUGAGCAGCAGAAUGUAGUGUUUGCAGCCGUUUCUCUGCAUGCUGAGAUAAAGGCGCUCAGCAAGCUGCAGAAUCGGGGUCUUGUUUCCAGCUGCAUGCAAAAAAGACCCGUGAGAUGGAUUUUCUCUUUUGAAUUUUUGAUUUAGAGGGGAACUGUGGAAACAAAACUUGCCACAGCUGGUAGCAAAGGGAGUUUUACCAACGAAGCAGGACGAGGGCCUGCCUAGCUGGCAAGUGCUGCUAGCAGCGCAUUCAAUGCAGUUGUGGGGUAGGCGCUUAGCUUACGACGAGCAAGUUGAGAUGUAACAUAAAGGUGUGGGGUUGGGCUUUUUGUAUGUUUGGUUGUUUUUAUUUUUAACUUUGCUUGUCACUAGAACUUCUUCUUUUUUUUUUUUUUUUUUUUUUUUUUUUUGAAGUGUAUGGUUUUCUGUAGUUCGGAAAAAUACCACAACUGUUCCUCCAUGUGUUGGUGAUUUUAAAUCAUACCAGGGACACUGUGCAUCUUUGUUUUGUAGCAGUAUUUUGCAGCAUUACUUUCUGACUGGGAUGACAUGAGCUGUGCAUUAAAGCCCGCAAAUCUGUCAUGCACAAGGUCACUGUGAAGCUGCUGAGUCUCUUUUUUUUUUCUUUCCUCAAAGGGAAAAGGGAUGCUUCUUUUUAUUAGGAGAAAUAAUGACUGUUGAUGCACUGCUCUCCCAGCAAAAUCUGAAAGUUAUUUUGGAAC